CCAGACCUUCCCGGGCACGUUAGCGAUCCGACGGCCCUGCUCGAUCCUCCCCGGCAGCUGCGGAACGAACCCGGCUGCUCCCGACCGCGGGACGAGAUUCCGGGCAGCCCUGCCGCCCUGAGGGGCCUCUCCCGGGGGUCUGACCCUCGCGCCCACGCGCGUCCUGUUGUGUUUCUGAGCUUGCUCCGCAGGUGAUGUAACGAGCCAGGCCCGCGCCGCUCUCCCUUCUCACGCCGAGUCCUGCUCCCCCCGCCCGGCGCUCUGAGCGCACAGCCGGCGCUGAGCUGCGCCCGGGCUCCGCUGCCACAGCCCUGGGGACCGACGGGCGCUGCUGGGAAAGACGCUCUCCCACGUUCCACCUCCUGGAUGCAGAGUCAGUGGGGAAAACCAAGCUUUCCGCCCAGAACCCAGGAAGAGAACCAGUGGGACAACUGCUGUGGAGGUUUCUGAGGAGACUCAGACUGGCCUCUGCCCACUCCCCGGAGACGGCAGCAACCCUCAGAAGAGAGGACACCUCCUCUCGGGCCAGCAAGCAGCCCCUGACCUGGAUGGAGUGAAAGAUGCGUCCUGAUGACAUUAACCCGAGGACUGGGCUGGUGGUGGCCCUGGUCAGCGUCUUCCUGGUCUUUGGCUUUAUGUUCACUGUCUCUGGGAUGAAAGGGGAGACUCUAGGGAACAUCCCCCUCCUAGCCAUCGGGCCAGCCAUCUGCCUACCAGGCAUUGCGGCCAUUGCCCUGGCCAGGAAAACCGAGGGAUGCACCAAGUGGCCGGAUAACGAGCUGCUGUGGGUCCGCAAACUGCCCUGCUUCCGGAGAUCCAAGGACAAGGAGGUGGUGGAACUGCUGAGGACCCCUUCAGACCUGGAGUCGGGUAAGGGGAGCUCGGACCAGCUGGCUAAGGCGGGCCCCAGGGGAAAGCUUCCCCAACAGGGCCAGGGCGAGGUCCCUCUGGCCAGCUCCAUCACCACCCCCACACGCACGGAGGAAGGAGAAUGCCAGAGCCUGGGCCAGAGCGGACAUCCGGAGGAGACGUCCAGAUACCUGGACGGCUACUGCCCCUCGGGCAGUUCCCUUGCCUACAGUGCCUUGGAUGCCAAGUGCUCAGCCUGGGACAGAUCCGACUGCCCUGAGCCCGAGGACAGUAUCUUUUUUGUGCCCCAAGACAGUGUCAUCGUUUGCUCCUACAAGCAGAACAGCCCUUAUGACAGAUACUGUUGUUACAUCAAUCAGAUCCAAGGAAGAUGGGACCAUGAGACCAUAGUCUAAUCUCUGCAUACAAGGGUCGCUAUAUUGAUAGAAACACAACUACAUGCCGCUCCCAAUGGAAGGAAACUGCUCUGCUUCCAAGGCCUUCACAGUUAGAAAUUGACCUGGUAUGUGAUGGGUGUGCAAACCUCUGUGCCUGAGAGUAUGUAAAUAGGCAUGUUGGGGACACACUUUAAGGAAGGGAGAUGAGGGUUAAGGACACUAAAAGAGGCAGUGGGCAGGAAAGGAAGCUGCACCAAUUGCUUCUCAACAAUUUAAACAAUGUCGAAUGCUUUGUAAAAUAACUCCAAAAGUGCUAUCCAGCACCUGCUGAAAGCAAGAUAAGUCUAGAAUAGGCUGCAGAUGCCUGGCAUCAAAUGAUGCAGGGGCUAUCCACAGGGAAACUGAGCUGCUUAUGUCUCAAGAAAUUGACAGAAAAAGCAUUGAUGUUCCAUUUUAUGAAAUGAUUUUUUUCUGAUGAAAUGCUUCUCAUGCUUGGCAUUUCCUGAAAGAAAAAAAAAAAUCAGAUGGCAUAAACCCCCCUUAGAUGGACGAUUUGGGGAGAAAAAGGUAGUUAAAUACAGUUGAAUUAUGUAACUGAGUUUUAUGUUAUUGUCUGAUAAGAUUAUGGUUUCAAAUAAAGUAAAAUAAGUGUGACCAGAUAUGUGAAAAAUUAAUACUUUGAAAUGGUUAUGUUACAUCUAAAACUCUUCAUUUAAAUUUAUUUACUAUGUCUUUAUUGGAAAAUUUUUUAAACAUUUACUAUCAUUCAUGUGCAAAUGACUUGAUAUAAUGUUUUCAUAGAUUAGAAUUUGUUUUCAGCAAGGCAAAAUGAAUUUUACAUAUAUAUCUAAGUGUUUUUGACAUUGGGAAACAUGAACUGGUAAUUACUAUUCCUAUCUGCUUUUUAAAAUCUGAAAACUAUAAAGUGUUUGCAUUAGUCCUGAACAUUGUUCAGAAUUCAUAUGAAAUGCAAUGGUUAAACCUUUGGAAGUGUCAGUAUUUGUACAUUUGUUCAACUCCCCCACAGACUGUAAAUGCCAGUGAACCAAAAGUUAAUCUACUAGAUUUAACUGAAGCCUAGAUUUUAUUAAAUGUACCUGAUUUGUGAACAUUUUAUAUCUUUUUGCUGCUGAAGAAAGAUUUCAUCUUGAGGAUCUGAAUUACUUUAUAUAUAAAUCCUUCAAAGAAUGAUGAUUUUAAGUGAUCAGAUAGUUUUAGUUACUUUCUCCACAUGGGGAAUUGGACAAAAAUUUUGGCAUACCUCUUUCAUGCAUUUCAAGUCUAACUCUGCAGUUCCUUCCUAAGUGUAGCAAUUGUUCCAUCUUAAGAACAUUCUUGAAAAUCAUAAUUUUCAAAUCAAGUUCAAGAUCAAAAGUAUACAAUUUAUUUAGUAGGGCUUAAACGUUAAAAUAUGAGAUACCUGACCUUGGGCAAAUUUUUUCUCUUCAGACCUCAGUUUCUUACUCUAUGAAGAGAGGGGGCACUAAUUUACACUAGAUUAUUUCUAUCAUUUAUUCCUGGUUUGAAUAUUCUAUGAUAUUAUGUAAAGGCACUUUAUAUAUUGCCAAGAAAUGUGUUACAGCCAAAUGCAUGCCAAAGUUACGCAAUUCAUGAUAAAAAGUAUAUGACACAGAUUGAAUUGCUACUACUCAAAAGAAUUUUGUAGAUGUAUGAAAACAGUUGUGUUUUGUUGCCAAAAAUUACUUAUCCAACUCCAUACAUUCCUGAGGCUAAAAUGAAGAUGUUAGGAAUAAACUAUUUUUGAAGAAAAAAUUUUAGACAUUGGUAUAACCCAAAGUAAUCUAAUACAUAGCCUUGGAAUUAAAUGUAAUUGAGGAAUGAGAUGGAGGAAGAUAGUUUUCUAAAAUCACAAUACAUCUUAAUAAUUCUAAUCCAUCUUGAAAGUAGGAAAUUAUAUUUUUUUUAAAAGGUGAAAAUUAUUGGAUAGUUUAGGAAUAAAAAUGUAGUUGCCACCAUGGACAUCUUUAGAGGUGAUGAGACAAUGAGACAGAAAGAUGUUCACAGAGACUCAGCAAAUUCUCCACAGAGUCUGAAAGAAGAUGCUCAUAUUGCCAGGUGUAGUUUUAAGGAUGGAAAAGUUACCUUCUGGUUUCUUGGAUCCAGCUCCAACUCCUUCGUAUGGGAUCAUUCUCACUCUCUCUCUUUCUGCUCCCCAAAUUAAAGGUUAACUACUGCUUUACCCAUAAUAGGUAUUUUAUCACCUUUUCAAGUUCUAUUUCAGACAAAAAAUACUUGUUUCGGAUUUCUUCUUCCAUCUAUCUGUUUAAGAUACUUAAUGUAUCUAAGUACGCAUUUGAGGAAAUAUUUUCUUGUGCUAAAACAAAUAUAUGCAAAUGUUGGGAUGGUAGGUUUAACUUUGUUUGACUAGAAAGAA